AUGUCAUAUUAAUUUGGGAUCAAUCAAUUAUAGAGCACAACAGUUCCAAAUGCAAAGUAUAAAACUAUCCUCUGUAGACACUAUUAAGCAACCAAAUAAUGUGCCAUUGGUUCGAAAUGCUAAUUUGCUCAUGGGAUAGAAGAAUAAAGGCAAAUGAAUGAUCCCUUGCCUGCUUCAGCACUUUCAUCAAUCACUACUGCACCCUAAUCAACAACAAUUGAACAACAAUAAAAAAAUUAAUCACCUCUGUUUAAAAUACCUUGUAAAUAUCAUCAAACUCAACUUUUGUAAGAAUGGGGCAGGUUGCCAAUACAUUCUGAUGUACAAAUCUAAACAACGUAGUAAUAACAGCAACAGUAAUAAUAAUAAUAAAUCUAAUUAUUAUAACAAUAACAAUAAUAAUAACAAUAAUAACAACAAUAACAAUAAUAAUAACAAUAACAAUAAUAGCAAUAAUAACAAUAGCAAUAACUACUUUAAACCUAAUAGUCCAUGGAUCCUAUGGCUAUCACCUUAACAUAUAUCUUAAUGGAAAUGUAGUCAAUUUUCACUUAGGAAGAUUUACUAUAAAAGAUAAGGUAUGCUAUUGAAUUAGUGAGAUAAGGAAAUUUGGUAUCAGCCUGUGAUUAGAUUAGAGCCAUAAUUAACUCAUAAGACAGAACUGCAGAUGAAAUUCAAUAAUAUACAUUGUUAUAUAAUUAAUCAGUAGCAUAUUACAAAUAACUAUAAUAACAAUGA